AUGUCGCCGCCAAGGGUGCUCACGAUCGCUGGUUCUGACUCGGGCGGAGGUGCAGGCAUUCAGGCCGACCUCAAGACAUUCUUGUCGCUCGGCACGUAUGGCCUUUCUGUGCUCACCGCUUUGACCGCUCAAAACACCACAGGUGUAUCAGCGAUUCAUGCAUGCCCACCCGACUUUGUCCUACAACAACUCGAAUCAGUCAUGGCCGAUAUUCAGAUUGACGCCGUCAAGAUGGGUAUGCUCUGCAACCAUGAAAUUGUGGCUGCCCUCGCGACGAAACUACGACAUUGGAAGGACUCGACAGGUUCACAUGGCGGUCGUGAUGUGCCAAUCGUCCUAGAUCCGGUGAUGGUAUCUACGUCUGGCUCCUUGUUGCUUUCGGAAGGUGCCAUCGAGACGCUCAUCCGUGAACUGCUGCCUCUUUGCACGAUCCUGACUCCAAACUUGCCCGAAUCACGACAGUUGCUCAAGUACGCCGCCAAGUUCACCUCGCAUCAGACAGGACCAAAGGAACUUGAGCUGGCACUAAACAACGAGAGUACCGAGCUACCGCAGAUGAUGGCAGCAGCAAAAAGUAUUGCUAAACUUGGGCCAAGAGCAGUGCUUGUCAAAGGAGGGCAUGCCAGGCUCAAAAGAUCGCAGAUCAAUGCGUGGCUGGACAGUAUCGACGCGGGACCACAAGGUGUACAGCCGAUCUUCCAAGAGGCGUUUCGUCCGCAAAAGCCGGACUCACAGGACCGGUACCCUCGACGUGGUAGUGUGCGUGACACCACGAGCGUCGAGGAUGAGUUGAGACAACUCGCAGGCGCAGAUGGCGCCAUUAUUACGAAAAGAGGCAAUGUUACCAUCAUUCGUACCGACGAGGUCCCCUUCAGUCAGGUCUUGGACGGACGACGCGUGAAAUCUGACGACGAGUUGGUGGUAUGCGACGUGCUUUAUCAAGAUUCGGACGACCUCAAAGGGUUUUACGUGCUGUUUGUCAAGCCUCUCAUCGACUCAACCGCUACGCACGGAACCGGCUGCACAUUGUCGUCAGCAAUAGCAGCCUCCCUCGCUCAAGGUCGCUCGUUGCUGCGUUCAACAGCGACGGCGAUCACUUACGUACAACAUGCCAUCGCCAACGGCAUACAAGAUCUUGGUAAAGGGCCCGGCCCGCUCGACCAUUCGUAUCCCUUUCAAGCGCGUGGUCUCAUCGUAUCGUCACCAGCAACAUCCAUUGACAGUGCAUCUUGUUCGUUUGCGCUGAAUCGAUUCCUCAUUUCGAAUUCAAUCGAUGUCUGGAAAGCAUUCGUGCAACACGCGUUCGUGUUAGGUCUUGCCGACGGAAGCUUGCCGCGAGAGUCGUUCGAGUGGUUCAUGAAGCAAGACUAUCUUUUUCUGCGACACUAUGCUCGAAUCUGGGCGCAGGCAGCCGCAUCGCCGGACAACACGUUCCAAGAGGUGUCGACGUUGGCAGAGAUGGCACAGUCCAUGGCGGAGGAGGCCAAGCUUCACCUUGGCAUCUGUCAGCAGAGCUUGGGCGUGACGCCACACGAGCUGGAGCAUGAAACCAUGGAAAGUGCAGCAACGCUGGCAUAUACACGCUUUGUGCUCGACACGGCGCGAUCGAGUGACAGUCUGGACUUGCUGGUAGCAGUGAGCCCAUGCAUGGUCGGAUACGCACAGAUUGGACUCUGGCUUGCACAGAACCGCAAGGAGGGCAUCGAUAAGGACUACGCCGCAUGGAUCGAAGCCUACUCGGGGCAAGAUUUUCAAGCGGUGGUACGACGGGCGAUGCGGUUGGUGGAAGCCAAAGCUGCCAAGGAUCCGCCUUCGCCGCAGAGACUGCGCAAGUUGCAGACAACUUGGAACGCCGCCUGUCGUCUGGAAGCAGGUAUGUGGGAUGAAGCGGUAGACACUGGCCUGCGUAGACUCGUGCUUGAGCCGUAA